AUGUUGCGAGACGCCUCCAGUCUCGCGAAUCCGCAGGAAACCCGCGUCACGCAUUUGGAUUGGAAGGUGACGGUGGAUUUCACCGCCAGCGCCUUGAUUGGGAGAGCGACCUACACACUUGAUCGGGUCGACCCGGACGCCACCACGCUUUGUCUCGAUACUUCCAGGCUCGAGAUCCUCACUGUUGUAGAUCAGAAUGACGACAGUCUCUCCUUUGCCUUGGAAAGUCCCGGUGGGGAUUCCGUCGCACACUCGCAUUUGGGCCAACGGCUCGUCAUUCGGAUCGCCCCUGCCACCACCAGCGUCGCCAUUGACUACCGCACCACACCGGCAUCCUCCGCUUGUCAGUGGCUGCCUCCCGCACAAACAUCCGGUGGCGUCUUUCCCUACCUAUACACCCAAGCGCAAGCCAUACACGCACGAUCAUUGAUUCCCUGCCAAGACAUGCCCGGCGUCAAAUUCACCUACGGGGCCACCGUCACUGUUCCGGCCUGGGCGACCCCCGUCAUGUCCGCUAUUCUCAAAACAACCUCCCGCGCUCAUCCAGACGACAGCCAACACGGCAGUAGCAAAAUUUAUACUUUUGAACAAACAGUCCCCAUCAGUGCCUACUUGCUGGCCCUCGCGGUGGGGCAGUUGGAAAAACGAGACCUUUCCCCCCGCUGCGCCGUUUGGUCGGAGCCCUCCGUCGUCGAAGCCGCCGCUUACGAAUUCGCCCAAACCGAAGAGUUCCUCACCAUGGCGGAAGACCUGGCGGGAACUCCCUACGUGUGGGGCCGCUACGACCUGCUCUGUCUCUGUGCGAGCUCGCCCUACGGUGGCAUGGAGAAUCCGUGCAUUACCUUUGUGACCCCCACCUUAUUAGCGGGCGAUCGCAGUUUGGCCGACGUGGUCGCGCACGAAAUUGCCCACUCCUGGACGGGAAACCUCGUCACCAACGCGACGUGGGACCAUUUCUGGUUGAACGAAGGCUGGACCACGUGGUUCCAACGGAAAAUCAUGUCGCGCAUUCACCACGACGACCACGAACAAUUGCUGGAUUUGGACGCCAUUGGGGGGUACCAGGCCCUGCAGGAUGCCUGUAGUCGCGAAAUGCCCCUGGCCUACCAAAAACUCGUACUGGAUAUUGGUGACGGUGACCCGGACGAAGCCUACUCGUCCAUUGCCUACGAAAAGGGAUUCCAUCUCUUGCGUGCCCUCGAACGCCGCGUCGGAACAUCGGCCUUUGAAGCCUUCUUUCAAUCCUACGUGCAAAAGUACGCCUACCAGACCUUGACUUCCGACGACUUUCGUGAUUUCUUCACCACGUCUUUUGAAGACAACGAGGCGAUUCGAGAUUUCGAUUGGGAGACGUGGUUUUACGAACCGGGCAUGCCGCCGGAAGAUCCACCAUUCGACCGCACCUUGGCCGAGCACUCGGCGCAGCUGGCCCAAGUAUGGUUAGCGGUCGACCGACACGGUCGCAUGCUGCCCACCACGUCGAUUGCCGAUUGGACUUCACUACAAACAACUUGCUUUCUGGACGCGUUGCUCCUCCAAACUAAUCACAAUUCGGUACCACCAAAAGACCCGCUGAAAGUCUCUACGAUUCGAGCCCUACAAAAGGCGUACCGACUAGCCGACUCGCGCAACUCGGAAAUUCUUUUUCGUUUUUGCAUGUUGGCCGUCGCUGCCGAAGACGAAACGAUUCUUCCGACCGUCGUCCGCUUCAUUACCACACAGGGACGCAUGAAGUUUACUCGUCCUCUGUACCGGACCUUGUUUGCGUCGGUCAUGGGCCGGGAUUUGGCCGUCCAAGUUUUCUUGGGGCACAAGGAAUUUUAUCAUCCAAUUUGCGCCAAAAUGGUGGCUUCGGAUUUG